GACUUCCUGGGAGCCAUGGAAUGCACCUUAGGACAGAUCGUCUCUCAGAGGAAACUGACCAAAGCUCUACUCAAACAGGGAAACACUUCUGGGAAGUCCUCCAUAACGGUGACAGCGGAGGAGUUGUCUGGUAAUGACGAUUACAUUGAACUCUCCUUCAGCGCUCGUAAGCUGGACGACAAGGAUUUCUUCAGCAAGUCAGACCCUUUCUUGGAGAUCUUUAGAAUAAAUGAUGACGGCACAGAGUCGCUCGUACACAGAACUGAGACGAUCAUGAACAACCUGAGCCCAGUUUGGAAAUCAUUUAAAGUUUCCUUGAACACACUCUGCAGUGGUGACCACGAUAGGGAGCUAAAGUGCACAGUCUGGGACUGGGACUCAAAUGGAAAACACGACUUUAUUGGGGAGUUUCAGACCACCUUUAAGGAUGCGAGAGCAGAGCAGGAGGGCAAACAGCUUCAGUGGGAGUGCAUCAACCCUAAAUACCAGAUGAAGAAGAAGAAUUAUAGAAACUCCGGUGUUGUCAUUCUCAACCACUGCAAGAUCAUCAAAAUGUAUUCCUUCCUGGAAUACAUCAUGGGAGGCUGCCAAAUUCAGUUCACAGUGGCAAUAGACUUCACAGCAUCCAACGGGGAUCCCAGAAACAGCUGCUCUCUUCACUACAUCCAUCCCUAUCAGCCCAACGAGUACCUCAAAGCGCUGGUGACUGUAGGAGAGAUCUGCCAAGACUAUGACAGUGAUAAAAUGUUCCCCGCGUUUGGUUUUGGAGCGCUGAUACCACCCGACUUCAAGGUGUCACAUGAUUUCGCCGUGAACUUUGAUGAGGACAACCCUGAAUGUGCUGGGAUCCAAGGAGUGGUGGAGGCCUACCAAAAUUGCCUCCCUAAGAUCCAGCUCUAUGGGCCCACCAACAUCGCCCCAAUCAUCCAAAAAGUGGCUUCGUCUGCCUCCGAGGAAAUGCACACCAAAGAGGCCAUGGAAUACUUCAUUCUGCUGAUCCUGACAGACGGCGUCAUCACCGACAUGGCGGACACGCGGGAGGCCAUCGUGCACGCGUCCCACCUGCCCAUGUCAGUUAUCAUCGUCGGCGUGGGCAACGCUGACUUCACAGACAUGCAGAUAUUGGACGGGGACGAUGGGAUCCUGCGUUCCCCAAAGGGAGAGCCUGUCCUCCGCGACAUCGUCCAGUUUGUCCCCUUCAAGGACUUCAAACACGUGGGUACUGCACUGGCUAAGAGUGUUUUGGCGGAAGUCCCUAACCAGGUGGUGGAUUACUACAACGCAAAAGGCAUCAAACCCAAGUGUAUGUCGGACUAUGAGUCCACAAGAACCUUCAGCCCCUGACAAUGGACUACAUGCAAACAUACACUCAUGUACGCACAUAUAUCAUGUAUAUAUACAUAUAUAUCAUGUAUGUACUGUAUAAUACAUAUACAGAUGUAAAAGCACAAGCACACAUACACACAAACACACAUGGACACAUAACCAUAUCACAGAAUACAUAAAGUAGUCUGUAGCUCAGAGAAGUAGCUUGUUUUGGUGAAACAAUUUUAACUACUCCGUGGAUGACUCUUGCAUGUUUGGCCAGAAUGGCGUCACCUUGGAAAUGAUUACUAUUUACUGUCUAUCUAAGAGAUGUUUAUAGAAAUAAGAGCAGUCUUUUGACAGCAUGCAGACUCAGAGCAUAGGCCACCCAAAGAAAUGACAUGCUUACCUUAUUUAGAUAACUAGCAAGUAGCCUACGUAAACCAAAAGAUCAUUGGGUAUUAAAAAGAUAUGUACUGUAACUGCAUCGACCAAAAUGCUUAGAAUUAGCAUUGAAAAUGUUAUUUAUGGGAACAGUAGUAUCUCUGUUAGUGUCCUGCAUAAAUGCAUGAAUAAUUCAGCUCCUGCUAAUAUCCAAUCUCCAGUACCCGCUUGCUAGUUAUGAAAUAAAGUAUCUCUGUCAUUCGAGUGACAUUCAGGGUUGUCUUGGAUGUUUGGGGUUCUUUUCUACAGAUUUGUUUGAGAUUUUGCUAAGUGGAAAUGAACAACUUAAUAAUUGUAAUAAUUUCGUAUUAACCUUCUUACAUUGUAAAGAGUUUUGGGAGGUUAGCAAGCGUGUGUGGUAGACACUCAUCUGUAAACUGAAAACAGUUUUUUCUGUAUUCUGCAUGUUAAUUAUAAUAAAGACACUUUG